AAACGUGUAUGACCAUAAAAAUAGUAGAAAAUAAAUGAAAAAAAUUUAACCCACAGAAAAAAGAAAGAGUCCAACGUGGGACCCGGCACCGUUUGCUCCAUGAGGGAUUCCAGCUCAUACUCUGAAACAAACACGCCCUUCCUUUUCUUGCGUUUUGUUUGGUUGGCACUCUCACUCUGCCACCCCAUGCCCAUGCUAUGCUUUCUUUCUCAUUUUUAUUAAUACCUUCUUUCUCUUCUUCUCUUUCAAAAAUCCCUUCUCACCAAUUCUUACAACUGCUUCUGCGUUUUGAUUACGAUUAUGAUUAUUGUUACUAUGCGAUGACAACCUCAAUCGGUAUCUCCCUCUAUCCUCCUUUUCUUUUCUCCAUCGUCUUCCCUGCCAUGAUCAAAUUGUUCAAGAGAAACACCUCCACUGACACGUGUCACCAUCAUCACCACUAUCACCACCACCCACUUUUGGGCCUGGAGCUCGCCACCACAGACAUCCACAGGCCUCCCAACGUUCUGGAGUCCGCCAUGUUAAGGCCCAACAGCAACCCGCCUCAGCCCAAGAAGACACAGAUUGGAUUCCUCGAUGACGAUGUGGUUUGCACCGUAAGCGGUGGCUUGGCCUCCUGCACCGAGAAUCUAGGUUUUGAAAGCUCCGAUCAAAUCAACAGUAAUUGCAUGGACGAGGAUGUGAUCGAUGAUGAGGAGGACGAGGAGGUUUUCCGGAGGAGGAAGACGGUGAGGGCCGAGGGGAGAGGGAAGGUGAGGACAUUUCCACCGCCGCUGUCGUCGCUGAACCGGAACGGUAAACCGAGUUUUUAUCUCCGGCCGGUGAGGAAAGAUGGGAGGUUGGAGUUGACGGAAGUGAGAAUAGAGCGGGCGGAGAUUCUGCAUGCGUGGCGAGAGAACGGGCGGUUGACAUUGCGUCUGGUGUCAGAUCUUGAAGAGGAAGAGAUGAUGGAAGAAGAAGAAGAUGAAGAAGAAGAGAAAAGGAUAGAGGAAGAGAAUGUGGGAGAGUGGAGGCUACGUGGUGUGGGAGGGAGUAGCGAAGGGUUAAGGAGGUGUCACGAAAUGGUGAACCAUCAUCACCAUCACCAUGUUCAUGGCAGCAUGCGCAUGUGUGGAAUCAGCAUUGUGUGAGGGUUGGAGGACACGUGGCAUGGGAGUUUGAAAGGGAAGAUAGAAUGUAGAUGCAGUGAAUGAAUGAUUUGAACGUUGGAAUUUGCACUGCGAAAAUUGGCAGAAGAAAGGUGUUGGAUGUGUAUAGAGAGAAAACAUGCAUGCAUGCGGUGGUGUUUGGUUGCGGGAAAACGACACUGUUCAGAGGUCCACACACACUGUAAUUACUUUAACUGCGUUUUGUAUUCUUAGGCAGAGAGAGAAAAAGAGAGAGAGAGGAUGUUCCACACGGAGAGCGAUUGCACUGUAUUUACCAAAUUUUGAAGAUUUAUGUUAGAUGCUCAAAAACAAUUCUUGAA